UUGAACAGAUCUGUCUUGACCUACCUUAGAAGUGUUAUCUCUUUCCCACGAAAUGAAGGUAAACCUACUGAUGAUUCGUGCACAACAUCAAAGAACAGGAAAGGACAGUGUAAAACUCUCUAUGCCUGCCCUAUAGUACUAUUCAACAUACAUAAAGAAUACCCUACAAUUUGUGAAUGGAAUGGUUUUAUCCCCGUUGUUUGCUGCACUGAUGUUGUACUAGAUAAUGUUCCAGACCUUACCAUUCCAGGUUGUGGUAUACGGGGAACCAGUAUAGAAAAUUCUGGAAUAUUCAAGAUACAAGUAGUUGGUGGAGAGGAAGUGGUUCGUAAUUCUUGGCCAUGGAUGGUUGGAAUCUCGCAAAAUUUUGGGUUUUCUGAACGAUUUCUUUGUGGUGGUACUCUUAUUUCAUCUAGAUACGUCAUCAGCGCUGCUCAUUGUUUUAAGACAUCAAAUAAACCUGUUUCUUCAUCUGUGUAUACGUUUCGUGUGGGAAGUCACACUCUGAAAGAUGGAACAAAAUAUGACGUAGAAGACGUUAUAGUACAUGAACGCUACCAGCCCAGUCAGAACUAUCACGACAUUGCUGUUUUGAAAGUUAAAGGAGAAGUCAGCCUGAAUGAUAAAGUCAAACCAGUCUGUUUACCUAAGCCUUCCUUUGUUGGUCAAGACUUUAAAGGAAGAGAGGUUACUGUCACAGGCUGGGGAGAUACGUUUUAUGGAGGUACGAGAAGUAAAGUACUUCAACAAGUUUCCAUCCCUGUUGUAUCGAACAAGGAAUGCAACAACUCGUAUUCAAAAUUAGCGUUGUCGAAGUAUCCACAAAGUAUCACUAGAGGGCAGAUCUGUGCUGGAUUGUCUGAAGGAGACAAAGAUGCAUGUCAGGGUGAUUCUGGAGGACCUCUGGUACUAGAAGAAAGUGGACGAUGGACACUAGUGGGAAUUGUGUCAUUUGGCUUGAACUGUGCUGAACCAGGGUACCCUGGAGUUUAUACUAGGGUUUCACACUAUAUAAGAUGGAUUGCUGCAAACACCGACUUAGGAGAAUAGUGGUCUUCCAUCGUUUGAGUAUUAGUUUCACUGUUAUAUUGUAGUAUUUGUAUCUUUAUUUUGAAGAGUAAAGCUUUCUUACCUGAUU